GCUGAGCCGGCGGUCCGCGAGCAGCGAUCUGUCUGUCGACUCUGCAGUACCACCCACGGCGCUCGGCACGUGUGACCUGACCUGACCUGACCCGACCUAACGGCGAUGGGUCCGCCGAUGGUGUACGGCCGGAUCCAGGCGUAUCCGGCCGACUGUGGCCAGCUGUGGGACCUCACAAACACCGAGUACGGUCUCUACGGCGGAUACGGCUGGGAGCAGCCCGACCUGAUCGGACUGCACGACCUGUGGAGCGCCCAGCCGAGACUCGCCGCGUCGUGUAUGAUCCAACACAGUGGUGUGCCACGCUCGGGCCCGCUGCAGCCGCAGCCCGCCAAGAAGCUGCGUCGACGGGUGGCGUCGAUGGCACAGAGGAGGGCCGCUAACAUCCGGGAGCGGCGCCGCAUGCUCAGCCUCAACGAGGCCUUCGACAGGCUGAGGAGAAAGGUGCCGACGUUUGCGUACGAGAAGCGACUCUCGCGAAUCGAGACGCUGCGACUGGCCAUCACAUACAUCGCCUUCAUGGCCGAGCUGCUGAGCGGACCUCAGGAGGGCAGUGACCAACACCUGGGCUGCCGGCCGCUGGCCGCCCCCUGCUACCCCUGCCCACCCGGCGUGCCCUUCAGUCAGCUGCGCUCCAUCUGAGCAGCACUUUAGCGGAGAACGGUGAUCUUUGAGGGAAUCUUUGGUCACCGCCAUACACUUAUACACUAUAUGGCUGUUAGUCUUUGUGUAAUGCUCGCGUAAGUUCUCAGAGGCUUGAUUUUUGCUUAUUGAUGUGUGUUUAAUGAAAUGUGUGUUGCGUACGACACUGACUAGUCUGGUAAUCUCUCCUCGGCGGAUACUAAUGUCCGUUUUAAUUUUAGGUAAGAUCUUCAAAUCGACCCUAAACGUCAGUGGAAAUUGCUGGACGUGACAUACCAAGUGAAUGUGUUGCAGAUGGUAGAGCAACUGUACAAUGUCUUCCAACGUCUUCCAUGAACGUGUUCACCCUUCGACGCUGUGUCGCUCUCUAUACGUAAGCAGCAGGAUAAGGAUACUAAUGGAUUGUGUGUAUCUACGUGGCCCGUGGCGUGGUGUUUUAUGUCGCCUGCCUCUUAGUUAUUGUUAUGCAAAUUAUGCUGAAUAUUUUGAACGUUUUAUUGAGCCUCCGUUUACGCUAAGAAUAUUCAGCAGAAUUAAGUGUUGCAUACCAUGCAUUUACAGGAAUACAUGGGUAUAUGGAGAACAAAACAAA